GCGGCCAUGGAGGUCUACAUCCCGUCCUUUCGCUACGAGGAGAGUGACCUGGAGCGGGGAUACACGGUGUUUAAGAUAGAAGUGCUAAUGAAUGGAAGAAAACAUUUUGUUGAGAAAAGGUACAGCGAAUUUCAUGCCUUGCACAAAAAGCUGAAGAAAUGUAUCAAAACUCCAGAAAUCCCUUCUAAACACGUAAGGAACUGGGUUCCGAAAGUGCUAGAACAGCGACGACAAGGUUUGGAAACAUACCUACAGGCUGUCAUUUUAGAAAAUGAAGAACUUCCCAAACUGUUUCUUGAUUUCCUAAACAUACGGCACUUGCCGUCUCUACCAAAGGCAGAGAGUUGUGGAUCUUUUGAGGAGACAGAAUCUGAAGAGUCCAGCAAACUGUCCCACCAGCCGGUGCUGCUGUUCCUCAGGGAUCCAUACGUCUUGCCUGCAGCCAGCGAUUUUCCAAAUGUGGUUAUCGAAGGAGUUCUCCAUGGAAUAUUCUACCCUCAUCUACAGCCCAGGUAGAACGACUCCAAGGCCAGAAGAAGCUGAAGCCAGUUGCAACGUUGUAGUCCAGGAAAUCGAUAUCUACCAAAUUAACCUAAACUCUAAGACACAGCAGCUUGAGCUGCUGGUGAAAUUCCAGACCCAGCUUAGCCUGGGGCAGGGACAUUUCCAUUAGAAUGGUGCUUUUAAAAAUAGAAACAGAUCCUGGGCUGUGCUGAGGUGAAGGCCAAAUGUUUAAGAAGUAGGAUGUAGCUGCCAAUUUAGAAACCCACGAAAAGGGGGCUCUAGGAGAUCCCUGGGAGCACCCCUUGUGACAAAAGAAAGUGACUCUCUGCUUCCGGCGUACCAUUUGCUAAUUGAAAAUCUUAUCUUGAAUCAUGCUGAGACUGACCAACUCUGGUAGCUUUUUGGUUCUGUUUUUUUGUGACACACUAAUCUUUUCAGUAGGAGAUUUUCUCUGCCAGUGAUAGAUACAGUGUACAGUGCUGGUACCAGGAGGGUGUUGCAGAAACACCCAUGCUAACUGUGAGGGGGAAAUGAACUGGAAAUUAAAUGAUGCUGACAAAAUUAGGGCAUGUUUUAAAUCAUGGCGUUUUUAAUUGACAUUACAGCAGGGUUGCCUCCUACCUAGGGACUAACUUCUAAAGUCUGUGCAUUAUAUAAAAUGGGGUACUCAGAGUAUCCUUAAAAGCCCUUUAGGAAAGCACCGGGUUGGAAUUCUGGCCAUCCACAGUGACCAGCUUUUCCUCCAGUGUUGGAAGAAAUGACUGUUUCUUCCAUUCAAGGCCAAUUGAAGUUGUUGGUGUUUGUUUAGGGGCUUUUUGUGUAAAAAAAAAAAAAACACUUACCUUUAAAUGCUAGAAUCCCAGGUACCCCUGCAAGAAGCUUGCCCCCUGAGGGA